UCGAAAUACGUACUACUCCGCGCAGAGAGAGUGUGUGCUCUCCCGGGUCCCGGUCGUCGUCCACGUCCAUACGGCAGCACGUUCGUCGCGAGUGUAUACACCUACAUGAACCAAGUGCCGGACAGCGCAGUUGGGUAUACUGGCCACGGACCCUAACUUCGUGGCGUGCGUAGUUUUUUUUUGUUGUUGUAUUCUCUCUUCUUACGUUUUUUUGGUGAGAAAAAACAAAAAAAAUAUAAAUCCCGGAGUGCGUUUGAUUAGUAACUACAAGCACAAAAGUUCUUCCUCGAGCCCUAUACAGUAUAUCACUGUACACGCACACCCAACCUCGGAGAGAUAGUUGAGCGUUAAACGCGAGUGCGCGCGUGAUACAUCCUCUUUAUCCUCUUGCGGAGAGCAUCUUCGAGGAAUUGUUAAACGAGAGAAGAAGAAGCAAGUGUCGUCGUCGGGUUCGUUCAACAGUGCAGGGUACUUACCUAAAAGUGUGUGUGUGUGUGUGCCUACAUGUUGAGUGUACGACACAAGUUGAUUAAUAUUUUGUAUGAAAAAUAAGUACCUCUGUAACGCGUGUGGUUUGUAACAUACAGCAGCACACAAUCGGCAACGGCAUUGUAGCCUGUACACGAGUGAAAGAGGUGCUUCGCCGAAGACGUCGCGUGGACAGCGGGGAAAAAAAAAAUUGGCAGUAGAAGAUUUUUUUUUCUCAACCCCUGAUUUAAUAAAACCGUCUAGUCAGCCAAUAAAGCGCACAAGCAAAAACGUGGCGCGUGCAGCGGCAGCAGCGGCGUCGGUGACCCCAGGAACGUCCGAUCGGCAGAAAAAGGUGGACAAAGCGUCCGUCUCGAGCUAGCCACUUGAAACCCAUAGAAGCGACACUCGCGUGAAAAGAAGAAGAAAAAAGAAGGAAAAAAAAAGGAUAAAGAAACCGAGCACAGACACACAAGAUGCGCGAGUACAAGAUCGUAGUGUUGGGGAGCGGCGGUGUCGGCAAGUCGGCCCUCACCGUACAGUUCGUCCAGGGUAUCUUCGUCGAGAAGUACGACCCGACCAUCGAGGACAGCUACCGGAAGCAGGUUGAGGUGGAUGGCCAGCAGUGCAUGCUAGAAAUCCUCGACACAGCCGGCACGGAACAAUUCACGGCGAUGAGGGACCUGUACAUGAAGAACGGCCAGGGCUUCGUGCUCGUCUACUCGAUAACUGCCCAGUCGACGUUCAACGAUUUGCACGACUUGAGGGAGCAGAUAUUACGAGUCAAGGACACGGACGACGUGCCGAUGGUGCUCGUCGGCAACAAGUGCGACCUCGAGGACGAGAGGGUCGUUGGCAAGGAUCAGGGCAGCAAUCUCGCCCGGCAGUACAACUGCGCGUUCAUGGAGACAUCUGCCAAAGCCAAAAUUAACGUUAACGAUAUCUUUUACGACCUGGUGCGGCAAAUCAACAAAAAAUCGCCUGAGAAGAAACCGAAGCAGAAAAAGAGAUCGCCGUGCAUAGUACUGUAAGGUAGCGAAAAAAAAGGGCCUGUGCCGUGUGUUCUCGCGUUUAUAUAUAUAUAAAUAUAUAAAUAUAUUAAAAAAA